AUGAUAUAAGAAGGUUUAGUUUUACAUGAAAAAUACGUUUUAAAUAAGUCAUUAGGAAAUGGAGCAUAUGGCCUUGUCUGGGCAGCUCUAGAAAUAACUACUAAAGAGAAGGUAGCUGUAAAAUUUAAUGGGACUAAGCAUUUAAGAAAUAAUAAAUACAAGAAAAGAUAAAUUUUCGAUGAAAACAGUCUUGUAGAUAGGUAUUCAGCUUAACAACUUCAUAGCAUCGGCUACGCACAUCUUGAUAUUAAACCAGAUAACAUUCUUAUCUCCUCCAACAACCUUAAUGAUGCUUAAUCGUCUAUUAUUCACCUAAUCGAUUUUGGAAUUUCUUCAAAGCUGAGCGAGGGUGAAACAAUGUUGAAAAAAUGA